CCGACUCGCGAAUUUGCCACUAGGUCUUCCACCCACCAACAAACGGCGUUUGCGAUGGAGAUUAAUUUCAAGGAAGGAGGUAAGAGCAAUAAGAAGACGCAUAUCAUAUGGCUUCAAGUUCCAACUCCAUGAAAUCUAGUAUCAACAAGCAUCCACUUUCCCUGUCCAGAAUCGUUCAAUUCAAUUUGACGAUGAGUUUCAUCGGUCGAUCUUCGUUUCCGCUAAUUGGAGUUAGUGGUUUCUUCCAUCGGUCGAAGGGAAGGAAGUUUGGGAAAGCUAGAGGUAGGAGUAACAACACAUCCACUCAGACCACUAUAAACCCUAUGCCUGGUAAAAGGAAAGGAAGUUUGGGAAAGCUAGAGAAUUUAGUGCAGUGCAUGCGAUGCAGCAGCAGGACCUCGAGAAGAUGAAGAGUAGUCGGGUCAAGUAUUGCAUUAUUGUUGGAGUAGCAUAUUGGUCAUUAUAGUACUGCAAGUUGCUAGAGGCAAGAUGGAACUCUGAAACUCUAGAGUGUAGAUUCAAGAGUAGAUGGAUAUUGUAGCAGUUAGGUCUAAUUUUGUUUUUGUUUUUCUCGGUUCAAAGCUUGGUAUUGUUUUGUCUUGUUAUGUGUUGAUUUUUUUUUUGGUAGAAUGUUAUGUGUUGAUUUUGAUGCUUGUUGAUUGUGGUUGUGUUCAUACUUCAUUUGUUUGGUUUUUGGGCGAUGGUAUAUGUGGUUGCUUUAUGUUUCUGUUUUAAUCAAGAAUGAAUGAAAGGGAUAAGA